AUGGUGUGGAUAAAAGAGACGAAAAAUCAGGGAGAGGUUUCCAAAAAUAAAACCUUCCAGUUCCCCUUCGGAAGGCUACAGCAAGAGGGAGAAGGCGCGAAGGUGCAGCAGCCGUGCGCUUCUAGCUGGGGACCCAGCGCGGACGCCGGGCGCAGGGCGCGCAGCCCGGGCCGCUCUCCCGCCCAGCCCUCGGGGGCCCCCCAGACGAAGAGAAGCGGGCCGCCCGAAGGGGACCCGAGCGCAGCCCGCCGGCGGCCCGGGGAACCGACUGCCAGCCCCGGACUCGCCCCGCGCGCACGGCUUGCGGUGGCCCCCGGCGCCAUGAGGCCGCCGGCCCCAGCCCCCUGCCCCGUGCGCACCCGGUGGAACCCCUGGAGGAGCUUCCUGCCGCUCACCCUGGCUCUCUUCGUGGGCACGGGUCGCGCUCAGAGGGACCCGGUGGGACGAUUCGAGCCGGUUGGCAGGGACGCGAGUCGGCUGUGGCGCCCGGCGGGCAGCCGCCACGCAGCGGCUGCAGCCAAGGUGUACAGUCUGUUCCGGGAGCAGGACGCGCCCGUCCCGGGCUCCCCGCCCGCGGAGCGGGCCCAACCCGGCUGGGGGAGCCCCUGGAGGCCCGCCGAGGCCGAGGCCAGGAGGCCGCCCCGAGCGCAGCAGCCGCAGCGAGUCCGGCCACCUGCGCAGACCUGGAGAGGCAGUCGCCGGGGCCAGCAGCAGCCCGCGCCCCGGGCAAGGGCGGCCUCGGCUCUCCCGCGCUUCGGGACCCUGCAGCGGCCCCGGGCUGCGCCCCCAACCCCGCCACGAGGGCGGCUCACGGGGAGGAACGUCUGCGGGGGAAAGUGCUGCCCGGGAUGGACAACAGCAAACAGCACCAACCACUGUAUCAAACCUGUGUGCCAGCCGCCGUGCCAGAACAGGGGCUCCUGCAGCCGGCCCCAGCUCUGUGUGUGUCGCUCUGGCUUCCGCGGAGCCCGGUGCGAGGAGGUCAUCCCUGAGGAGGAAUUUGACCCCCAGAACUCGAGGCCAGCUCCCCGACGCUCAGCCGAGGGUUCACACAACUUGCGCAGGAGCAGCGCAGCCAGAGAAAGCACAGCAGCGGCCAGAGCACGGCCACUGACACCACAGCUGCCACCAGCCAGGAGCCUGAGUGAGCUCAGCCAGACCCGCCCCUCCCAGCAGCGCGUGGGGCUGUCCCGGACCGUCAGACUUUACCCGGCCACCACAGGCAAUGGCCAGCUGACUUCCAAUGCCCUGCCCGCGGGACCAGGCCUUGAGCGGAGGGAUGGUGCCCAGCAGGCAGCAUAUCUGGACCACCUGUCACCCCCCUGGGGGCUGAACCUCACGGAGAAAAUCAAGAAGAUCAAGAUCAUCUUCACUCCCACCAUCUGCAAGCAGACCUGUGCCUACGGGCACUGCGCCAACAGCUGUGAGCGUGGCGACACCACCACCCUGUACAGCCAGGGCGGUCAUGGGCACGACCCCAAGUCUGGCUUCCGCAUCUAUUUCUGCCAGAUCCCCUGCCUGAAUGGAGGCCGCUGCAUCGGCAGGGACGAGUGCUGGUGCCCCUCCAACUCCACCGGGAAGUUCUGCCACUUGCCCGCCCCACAGCUGGACAGGGAGCUUGCGGAGAGGGGCUCCCGCCACAGGGCCCCGCUGGAGGGCCCCUUGAGGCAGUCCACCUUCACCUUGCCGCUCUCCAACCAGCUGGCCUCUGUGAACCCCUCCUUGGUGAAGGUGCACAUUCACCACCCGCCCGAGGCCUCCGUGCAGGUGCACCAGGUGGCUCGGGUGCGGGGCGAGGCCGAGGAGGCCCCGGAGGAGAACAGCGUGGAGACCAGACCUGUGCCCCGGCUCCCUGCCAGCCCUGGCCACAGCCACUGGGACAGCAACAGCAUCCCCACUCGGCAUGGAGAGGCCCCUCGGCCACUGCCCCCGGCGGCACCCAGGCCUCAGGGGCUGCUGGGCCGGUGUUACCUGAGCAGUGUGAACGGCCAGUGUGCCAACCCCCUGCUGGAGCUGACUACCCAGGAAGACUGCUGUGGCAGUGUGGGGGCCUUCUGGGGGGUGACCUUGUGUGCCCCCUGCCCGCCCAGACCAGCCUCUCCAGUGAUUGAAAAUGGCCAGCUGGAGUGUCCCCAGGGGUACAAGAGACUCAACCUCACUCACUGCCAAGAUAUCAACGAGUGCCUGACCCUGGGCCUGUGCCGGGACUCGGAGUGCGUGAACACCAGGGGCAGCUACCUGUGCACCUGCAGGCCCGGCCUCAUGCUGGAUCCGUCCAGGAGCCGCUGCGUGUCGGACAAGGCUGUCUCCAUGCAGCAGGGGCUGUGCUACCGGUCACUGGGGCCGGGCACCUGCGCCCUGCCUCUGACCCAGAGGAUCACCAAGCAGAUAUGCUGCUGCAGCCGAGUGGGCAAAGCAUGGGGCAGCAAGUGUGAGAAGUGCCCCCUGCCUGGCACAGAGGCCUUCAGGGAGAUCUGCCCCGCCGGCCAUGGCUACACCUACUCGAGCUCAGACAUCCGCCUGACCAUGAGGAAAGCCGAGGAGGAGGAACUGGCCAGGCCCUCGAGGGAGCAAGGGCAGAAGACCAGUGGGACCCUGUCCAGACCAGCAGAGAGGCAGCCACUCCGGGCGGCCACCAGCACCUGGCUGGAGGCCGGGACCAUUCCUGACAAGGGUGACUCUCAGGCUGGCCAGGUCACAACCAGUGUUACUCAAGUCCCUGCCUGGGUCCCAGGAGAUGCCACAGGAAGACCAACACCACCACUGCCUGGACAGGGGAAUCCAGAGACCCCGGAAGAAGAGCAAGUGACCACCCCCACCGACGUGCUGGUGACCCUGGGCCCCCCAGAUAUUGACAGAUGUGCCGCUGGAGCCACCAACAUCUGUGGCCCCGGAACCUGUGUGAACCUCCCAGAUGGAUACAGAUGCGUCUGCAGCCCCGGCUACCGGCUGCACCCCAGCCAGACCCACUGCACAGAUGACAAUGAGUGUCUGAGGGACCCCUGCAUGGGAAAAGGGCGCUGUGUCAACCAUGUGGGCUCCUACUCCUGCCUCUGCUACCCUGGCUACACACCGGCCACCUCAGGGACCACGCAGGAAUGCCAAGACAUAGACGAGUGUGAGCAGCCAGAGGCGUGCCGUGACGGGCGGUGCACCAACACGGAGGGCUCCUACCACUGCGAGUGUGAUCAGGGCUACAUCAUGGUCAGGAAGGGACACUGCCGAGAUAUCGACGAAUGCCGUCGCCCUGGCACCUGCCCCGAUGGGAGAUGCGUCAACUCCCCCGGCUCCUACAGUUGCCUGGCCUGCGAGGAGGGCUACAGGGGCCUGAGCGGGAGCUGUGUAGAUGUGAACGAGUGUCUGACCCCCGGGGUCUGCGCCCAUGGAAGGUGCUACAACCUGGAGGGCUCCUUCAGAUGCUCCUGUGAGCAGGGCUACGAGGUCACCUCGGAUGAGAAGAGCUGCCAAGAUGUCAACGAGUGUGCCAGCCGGGCCUCGUGCCCCUCAGGCCUCUGCCUCAACACGGAGGGCUCCUUCGCCUGCUCAGCCUGCGAGAGUGGGUACUGGGUGAAUGAAGAAGGCACUGCCUGUGAAGACCUAGACGAGUGCGCCUUCCCGGGAGUCUGCCCCUCAGGAGUCUGCACCAACACCGCCGGCUCCUUCUCCUGCAGGGACUGUGACCAGGGCUUCCGGCCCAGCCCCCAGGGCCACACCUGUGAAGACGUGGAUGAGUGUGAAGACCUCCAGAGCAGCUGCCGGGGAGGCGAGUGCAAGAACACGGCUGGCUCCUACCAGUGCCUCUGCGCCCCGGGCUUCCAGCUGGCCAAUGGCACUGUGUGUGAGGAUGUGGACGAGUGCGUGGGAGAGGAGUACUGCGCACCCCACGGCGAGUGCCUCAACAGCCAUGGGUCCUUCUUCUGUCUCUGUGCCCCCGGCUUUGUCAGCGCAGAGGGAGGCACCCGCUGCCAGGAUGUGGACGAGUGUGCAGUCACAGACCGGUGUCUGGGAGGGCACUGUGUCAACACCGAGGGCUCCUUCGACUGUCUGUGCGAGACUGGCUUCCAGCCCGCCCCAGAGAGUGGGGAGUGUGUGGAUAUUGACGAGUGCGAGGACCACGGAGACCCGGUGUGUGGGGCCUGGCGGUGUGAGAAUAAUCCUGGCUCCUACCGCUGUGUCCUGGGCUGCCAGCCUGGCUUCCACAUGGCCCCCUCUGGCGACUGCAUAGACAUAGACGAGUGUGCCAACGACACGGUGUGUGGGAGCCACGGCUUCUGCGACAACACGGAGGGCUCCUUCCGCUGCCUCUGUGACCAGGGCUUCGAGACCUCGUCCUCCGGCUGGGACUGCGUGGACGUGAACGAGUGUGAGCUCAUGCUGGCCGUGUGCGGGGCGGCGCUCUGUGAGAAUGUGGAGGGCUCCUUCCUGUGCCUGUGCGCCAGCGACCUGGAGGAGUACGAUGCUCAGGAGGGGCACUGCCGCCCACGGGGGGGCGCAGGUCAGAGCAUCCCCGAGGCCCCGCCCGGGGACCACCUCUCAGGCCCCGUCCGCACGGAAUGCUACUCUGGGCACCAAGACCGGCCGCCCUGCUCCCGCCUCCUGGGCCGGAACACCACGCGGGCCGAGUGCUGCUGCACCCAGGGAGCCAGCUGGGGAGACGCCUGUGACCCCUGCCCAGCCGAGGACUCAGUCGAAUUCAGCGAGAUCUGCCCCAGUGGUAAAGGCUACAUCCCCGUGGAAGGAGCUUGGAUGUUCGGACAGACCACGUACACAGAUGCUGAUGAGUGUGUGAUGUUCGGGCCUGGUCUCUGCCAGAACGGCCGGUGCCUCAACACGGUUCCCGGCUACAUCUGCCUGUGCAAUCCUGGCUACCACUACGAUGCCACCCGCAGGAAGUGUGAGGAUCAUGACGAGUGCCAGGACAUGGCCUGUGAGAACGGCGAAUGCGUGAACACGGAGGGCUCUUUCCACUGCUUCUGCAGCCCCCCGCUCACCCUGGACCUCAGCCAGCAGCGCUGCGUGAACAGCACCAGCGGCAUGGAGGAUCUGCCUGACCAUGACAUCCACAUGGACAUCUGCUGGGAAAAAGUCACCAAUUACGUGUGCAGCCAACCCCUGCAUGGGCGCCGCACCACCUACACGGAAUGCUGCUGCCAGGAUGGCGAGGCCUGGAGCCAGCAGUGUGCUCUGUGCCCCCCCACGAGCUCUGAGGUCUAUGCUCAGCUGUGCAACGUGGCCCGGAUUGAAGCAGAGCGGGAGGCUGGGGUCCACUUCCGACCAGGCUAUGAGUAUGGCCCCGGGUCUGACGACCUACACUACAGCCUCUAUGGCCCAGAGGGGGCCCCCUUCUACAACUACCUGGGCCCUGAGGACGCCAUCCCUGAGCCGCCCUUCCCCAACACAGCCAGCCACCUAGGAGACCAUGUACCAGGCCCUGAGUCUCCCCUGCAGCCCUCAGAACUCCAGCCCCGCUACGUGGCCAGCCACCCAGGUCUGUGUUACUGCAAAAACGGGGGCGAGGUGGGCACCAGAGUUGCUUCGCUUCCGUCUCCUCCACCUGCUGAUCACUGCCAGCAGGAACACCAGGCUGGCUUCGAAGGGCUUCAGGCAGAGGAGUGUGGCAUCCUGAACGGCUGUGAGAACGGCCGCUGUGUGCGUGUGCGGGAGGGCUACACCUGUGACUGCUUCGAGGGCUUCCAGCUGGACAUGGCCCACAUGGCCUGUGUGGAUGUGAAUGAGUGUGAUGACUUGAACGGGCCUGCUGCACUCUGUGCCCAUGGUCACUGCGAGAACACGGAGGGCUCCUACCGCUGCCACUGCGCCCCAGGUUAUGUGGCCGAGGCAGGGCCCCCCCACUGCACUGCGAAGGAGUAGCAGUGAGGGGUCAGUGUCGGCAGCUACCUGGAAAUGGGCCUCAGGCAGGGGCCUUGAGGGACGCUUUCCUCGCUGGGAAGAUACCAUGAAGUCAUCGGGCAGGAGGCCCUGCGGCCCCACUGCCAGCCAGCCUUGCCUGCUUUUCAUCUCUCCCAGUUUAGGCUCGGGCUGUGAGCUUGUCACUGCCUCCAUGCCACCAUGCCCUUGCUUGGCUCAACCACCACCAAAUGCUUUAAUGCUUCAGCCACUGGCCACGAGGCCCAGUCCGCCAUCUGUCCUGGCCUUACUAUGAGAUGCUUACCAAAGGAUGGCCCUCAUUCUCCCCCUCAAGCUGUGCAAACGUGCAAGGUCCUUUGGCCUUACACUACCUUUUCCAGCCAUGAUGCACAUAUCAUCCUAUGACUGCAAAACUGGGUCAGAGGCUACGUCUGUCUUAGGAUGGUCCUUCAGAAUCUAUGGAGCACAGAAGGACUGGAGAAAGUUUGGGGAGUGACUCCAACGCCUCCUACCAAGAACCAUCACUGCCACUUGGUCAGUCUCAUCUGGACCAGAUUUUGCCACAUCAUCUUACAGCCACUUCGGUGGCCCCUGGGAGGGGCAGAAGAUCCCCUCAUCUCAGAAAAGCAAGACUGCUACUAGCUUGCUGAGUGUAAGAGACACAAAUGAAGGGGAGCAAGAAGACUGAGAAAGCAAGAGGGAAAUGUUAAAAAUAGAGGGAAUUGAGAAAAAGAAAAGGGGUGGGGAGCCAGGGCUUCACACAAAUCUAAAGAAAAUAGUCCGUUGCUUUGAGUAAAUAUUCAAAAUGUACCCAGCGGUAGCUCCUUUGCACAAGGGCUGCCACAAGACAGGGUGCCCGUCUCGGGAGAUCUGUAUUGAAUACACACUGCUCCUUACAGGAAACACAUUUCUCCUGGGCUCUCCUUUUGUGGACACCAGUUUGAUGUGCUGCAAGUAAAGAGGUCUAUUUUCUAGCUUGUGGAAUGCAGCGUAGUCCUGUUUGGGGGGAAGCCAGAUUUCCUAUGUUGUUUCUCCUCUCUUCUCAGAAGCCUCUGCCCUCUCAACCUUCAUAAAAUGGCUGGCUGGCAUUCCUCUGAGUUUACAAGGAAAGACCCACUCCAACCUUGGCUAGCUGGGAAUUUAGUUAGAAUAAAGACAUGUACAUCCGGGCCCUUCUGUUUUUGUUUCACAUGAAACCACAUUUCUAUACCAUGUCGGCUAAGUAUUAGCGAGGAGGCUGCGCCUACCUCUCGCCAGCUCUGCCAGUAGCCUGUGAGUGGGUUCCAGUGGGAAAAGGUCCUUUACUCUUCUGAGACGAGAAAGCUCUUUGUAUUCCUCUAAUGAACAGCAAUGUAAAUGAGCAAGGCUCCCUGUGCCUGGAGACAUGGAAAUGAAUACUAUUUUCUUAAUUUAAUCUGUCCUGUCCUACCUGCUGCUCUGAUUGUCAGCCAUCACAUAAUAACUUAUUGAAUGCUUGCUCUGUGCUAGGCAAUGUUGAGUGCUAUACCCAAAUUUCAUUUAAUUAUCCAACAAUCCCAUUUACUAUUUUUAUUCCCAACUUAGAAAUGGAAAUAUUCUGACCUUCACUCAGAAUAAAAGAAAUGUAAGUUACACCACCCUGAGACACUCUUGUCAGUUGGCAAGCAUCUGGGGAAAGAGGCACUCACAUACAUAGCUGACAGAAGGAUAAAGUGAUACAACUUCUGAAAAGGAUAUGGAAAUGUCUUUCUAUAUUAUAAAAUCACUUACUCUUUGAAUCAGUAAUUCCACUUCUAGGAAUUUAAUCUUCAGCUAUUUUCUCACCAAAUGUGAAAUGACAUAUGUAAGAGGUUAUGGUAUAGCAUUAUUUGUAAUAGCAAAAGAUUAGAAACAAUUACUAUUAAUUGCUAUGGAGCCCUAAAAAGAAAAAGUGGCUCUAAAUGCCUUGAUACGAUAUCCAAAAUAGAUGAAGGGAAAAAGGAGGGUUGUAUAGCAAAGUGUAACACAUGCUGCUAUUUGUCUAAAGAAAGGGGAGAAUUGGGUAUUUGCUAACUCCAUCUUACACCCCAUAUUUCAGAGAAUGUCUCACCAUUCCUCAGUAUACCCUGGUGGCACUGUGCUUCCAUAAAUGCUGUUCCCAUUGCCCCUCCUCCUAACUCACCACACUGCUUGCCCUUCCAGAGAUAUUUCAUGCAUAUACACACAUUUCUAUGUACUAAAAACACAAACAGCAUGCUAUGCAUGCUGUCCUACACUUGCUUUUUUCACUUAAUUGUAUGUUUUCUCUCUUGGGCCGUGACCAGCACGCCUAGAGUCCUGAGUAGUGGCAGCUGGGGAUUGAGAAAAGGAAAAAAAGAGACAGACACAAAGACUUUAAGUAAAGCUGGGACCAGGUGGAACGCUGCCUUUGGAUGGAGAGACAGUGACCCAGAGCUAGUGCAGCGCAUUUAUUAUAUACAGCAUGAUACCAGGAAGUUUUACUAGAGUUUAAGAUAAAGGAAAUUAUGUGAAAUCAUGGUUAAAGAUCAAGCUACAAUUCUUCAUUCUUGUGACUUCUUUGUAAUUGUCACUCCUGGCUGAGCCCAGAUAAUUGUGUCUGUUCCUGGCGCCUCGCUGAACUUAGAUAAUGAAACCCACUCCCUGGCGCCUGAGCUAAAGGUCAGGCUGACAAUAUACCUGCCUCUGGCAAGGUAUAUUUCCAGGCCGUGGCUCUGCCGACGCCACUGGACUCAGCUGACAAUCAGCUCAUGUGCCUUCCCACUCAAUACAUACUUGCACAUAUGAGCUCUCUCAUCCUGUUUUAUAAGUGUAUACUAUUCCAUUGAAUGGAUAAAUCAUAAUUUAUUUAAUCAAUCCCCCACUGGUGGACAUUUCCAUUGUUUUCUAACUUUUGCUAUUAGAAAUAAUGCUAUAAUGAUUAUUCUUGUGCAAAUCUUAUUUCAUAUUAUUUCUAUGGGAUUAUAUACCUGUGGGCUAAAUUCUUAGAAACAAUGGUAACUUGUGGGGAGGAACACAGGGUGGAUGGGUACAGGAUUGGAAUACAUUUUCAUUGUAUCCCCUUUUGUGUCUCUUGGAAUUUUGUACCAUAUGUAUUACCUAUUCAAAAAAAUAAAAUAUUU